UUCCACUAUGUACAAUUCUUAUUUGUUUUUCCCUAACAGUGAUCCAUCCAUUCAGGAUAUUACUCAUGGAAGAUGUUACAUAUAAUAAUGAUGUAACCGAGGGUGACCAGCCCACGAUAAUGGUAACAAACGACGACGGAAUAGAAGCACCAGGACUGCAGGCACUUGUCCGUGUCUUGGUUUCUACUAAUCGUUACCGUGUCUGGGUCUGCGCCCCUGAUUCGGAUAGAUCAGCGGUGAGUCACGCUGCUACUGUGCGUCGUACUCUCUCUGCAAAGCCAACCGAAAUCAGUGGAGCAACGGCUUUUGCUGUCUCUGGAACUCCGUCUGAUUGUACUUCGUUAGGAAUCUCAAAGGCACUUUUUCCUUCGGUUCCUGAUCUGGUGUUAAGUGGCAUAAAUAUGGGCAGCAACUGCGGUUAUCACAUUGUUUACUCGGGGACGGUGGCAGGUGCCCGUGAGGCCUUUAUAUAUGGUUUACCAUCUGUUUCCAUAUCAUAUGAUUGGAAAAACGGUAGGAGUAGUAUCAACGACUUCACACUGGCUGCAGAGGCUUGCUUAUCCAUAAUAAGUGCUAUAUUGGUUGAGAUAAAAAAUAAGACCUAUCCUCAGAAAUGUUUUCUGAAUGUUGAUUUGCCCACAGAUAUUCAGAAUCAUAAGGGUAUGAAGCUGACUAAACAAGGUAGCAGUUGUAUGAAAGUGAAUUGGAAGCAAGUUUCUUCUGAUGGUGAAGGCUUGACAGACGAGCCAACUUCAGUAUCAUUGAACCCGAAUAGUAAAGCUUUGUCACGAAACCUUUUCUUCAAUAUGGAGCUCAAGGAACGCCAGAUGGAAAAUGGUGGAACCGACUUCUGCUUCCUUAAGGAAGGAUAUAUAACCGUCACUCCCCUUGGGGCCUUGACUAAUGCAGAUGAUGAAAGCCAAACUUAUUUCAAAGAAUGGUUACCAGAAGUUGUUGCGUCUACUUUAGAACUCUGAUUAAUAUCUUGAUGUAUACAUACAAGGGUUGGAGUUACUGAAUAGGACCUAUUCUAUACUUUUAUUCUACUGAUAUAGCAUAAGUUCAUUCAGAUUUUAUUUAACAGUACUAUAUUUAAUGGUGUUAGUUUUUUACAAGUUCGAAUAAGGAACCGAAGUGUAACAUUUAUGUCCAAAAUAAUCAUAUGCUAUCAUAUGAAAUUAUGAUAAUUUGUUCACAUGAGGAAAAUGUGAGGUUGCGUUCAUCA